CACAUACAAUCGCUUUCAGUCUUCGAAAGCUCAAAACCCAAGGGGCCACCUGUUACACUUCCUUCUUCCUCCCUCCACUUCUCCCUGUCUUUGAUAAUUUUAUUAUUUCUCUUUGCAGAAUUCAACAGCAGUAGUUAACUUCAAUGCUUUCUUUAUUCACCCUAUGAAUACACGCGUCCUCACUGCUAAGAAUCCUAUAAAACAAAAUUCCUUUCUCACAAUUUCUGACGUUCCAAACACCACCUCCUUAGCUCCACAUUAUCACUUUAUAUUAUUUAUAUUCUCACUGUUGAGUAAUAAUAACCCAUCAUGGCCCUCAAUUCAACUGAUCAGAAAGAUGUGAUUUUGAGUAUGGACGAGGUAUGUGAUGAACGUGUUAACGUGGGGUCAAAUAACAACAACACUGGAGGAGGAGGAGGAGGAGGGAGAAUUUGGAGGGAGUCAAGCUAUGAUUUCUUGAACAAUGCAAAUAACGAGGACAAGCGACCUCUCGUGAAUGGCGACAACAACAGUACCAUUACUAAUGGAAGUAGAUGCUACAAACUUGAUUUUAAUGGUCAUCAGAACAGUAACAGUGGUGUUACUGCUAGUGCUAGUGAUAGCGGUUCAGUAAUGGAGGAGGAAGAUCCACCCUCGAAGCUGAUCGGUCAUUUCUUGCACAGACAGAAAGCAUCAGGUGAGUUUUGUUUAGAUAUGGACUUAGAGAUGAUGACUCAUCUUCAAAACGAUACUGUUGUUCUUCAUAAGAAUUUAGGUCCUGUUUCUGAGUCUCCUACCACUAAUACGAAUCGGGUUUCUUUUGAUCCAAACCCACCCGGCUCAAGUGAGUCAUUGAGGAGGAGAAGGGACCUCAAGAAUUCUUCUCCACGUAAUCAAAAUAAUGGUGAUGGUGAGAUUUUGAAGUGUAGCUCUAGCAACGACGGAUCGUUUUGUAGCAAUUCCUCGUUUAAGAGGAAGUCUAGUUUGUUGAAGGAGAAGACAAAGUCUAGAUUGAUGGACCUACCGCCGCAUCCACCGGAGAAGUCAGGGAGAGUGGUUGUUGGGAGGUCAGGGCAGUUGAAGUCUGGAUUUUUAGGGAAAGGGAGUGUUGUUGAUGAAGAGGAAGAUGACCCUUUAUUGGAAGAGGAUUUGCCUGAUGAGUAUAAAAAAGAUAAGCUUGAUAUUUGGAUUUUACUUGAAUGGUUGAGUUUGAUUGUUAUUAUUGCUGCUUUAGUUUGUAAUCUUGCAAUUCCAUAUUUGAGAACUAAGAAUUUGUGGAGACUUAGGUUGUGGAAAUGGGAGGUUUUGGUUCUGGUUUUGAUUUGUGGGAGACUGGUUUCUGGUUGGGUUAUUAAGAUUAUUGUGUUUUUCAUCGAGAGAAAUUUUCUUUUGCGAAAAAGGGUUUUAUAUUUUGUUUAUGGAAUUAGGAAUGCUGUGCAGAAUUGUUUGUGGUUAGGGCUUGUUUUGAUUGCUUGGCACUACUUAUUUGACAAAAGAGUUGAGAGGGAAACUAGGAGUACGACACUUAGGUUUGUGACUAAGGUUUUGGUGUGUCUAGUGGUGGGUACCUUGCUGUGGUUGGUGAAGACCUUAGUGGUUAAAGUACUUGCAUCUUCAUUUCAUGUGAGCACUUACUUUGAUCGGAUUCAGGAGUCGCUGUUUAAUCAGUAUGUGAUCGAAACCUUGUCUGGCCCCCCAUUGGUUGAAAUGAAAAGAAAUGAAGAGGAGGAAGAGAAACUUCUUGCAGAGGUAAAAAAGUUGCAGAAUGCAGGUGCCACCGUGCCCCCUGGCCUUAAGGCAACAGCGAGCCCGUCACCACCACAGAAUGCAAAGGUGAUAGGAAGUGGUAGUUUCCAGAAAAGCCCUCGAAUUGGUACCCCCAAGCUUUCUCGUGCACUUUCCAACAAGGUUGAUGAGGAAGGUGAGGGGAUAACAAUCAACCACUUGCACAAAUUGAAUCCUAAGAAUGUUUCUGCUUGGAAUAUGAAGAGGCUAGUGAAUAUAAUUCGACAUGGUGCUCUGUCCACACUGGAUGAGCAGAUACAAAAUUCUAAUCACGGUGAUGAAGAGUCAGCUACAAAGAUUAGAAGCGAAUUUGAGGCAAAAGCUGCAGCAAGGAACAUAUUCACAAAUGUUGCUAGGCAAGGGUCUCGGUAUAUCUACCUGGAUGACAUCAUGCGUUUCAUGCAAGAAGAUGAGGCUUCAAAAGCCAUGAGCCUCUUUGAGGGAGCAUGUGAAAGCAACAAAAUCAGCAAAAAAUGUUUGAAAAAUUGGGUGGUCAAUGCUUUCAGAGAACGGAGAGCACUUGCUUUGACACUCAAUGACACAAAAACAGCUGUGAACAAACUGCAUCGUAUGGUGAACUUUCUGGUUGGGAUUAUAAUAGCAAUUAUUUGGCUUCUUAUACUAGGAAUUGCUACAAGCAAGUUUCUCCUCUUUCUAAGUUCACAACUCCUUCUCGUGGCUUUCAUAUUUGGAAACACCUGCAAAACCGUGUUUGAAUCUAUUAUUUUCUUGUUUGUGAUCCAUCCAUUUGAUGUGGGGGAUCGCUGUGAAAUAGAUGGAGUUCAGAUGGUGGUAGAAGAGAUGAACAUUUUAACUACUGUCUUUUUAAGAUUUGACAACCAGAAGAUAAUAAUUACAAACAGUGUUCUUGCUACCAAAGCCAUUGGUAACUACUACCGCAGCCCAGAUAUGGGAGAUGCAGUUGAGUUCCUCAUCCACCUAGCUACUCCAGCUGAAAAGAUCGCCAUUGUGAAACAAAGAAUAAGCAGUUAUAUUGAAAGCAAAAAGGACCACUGGUAUCCUUCCCCUUUGAUUAUAUUCAAGGAUGCAGAAGACUUGACCAGGGUGCGGAUAGCAGUUUGGUUGACACAUAGGAUGAACCACCAAGACAUGGGAGAGAGGUUUAUAAGAAGAUCUCUGUUGCUGGAUGAGAUGAUGAAGAUUUUCAGGGAGCUUGACAUUCAAUAUCGCUUGCUUCCUCUUGACAUCAAUGUUCGUGCCUUGCCUGCUGUUAUGUCUGAUCGCCUUCCUGCCAAUUGGACCAGCUGACAGGUGAAACAAAAAUAUGAAAUACCAUGCAAUCACUCUGGCACUGAAGCUCUCUUUUGGGGACAAACUAGCAUCUGGGAAACAAGUAAGUUACAACGAGAUUUUCCAAUGUAUUAUUUAUCGUGUUAUCCGACAAAGAAGCUCUUAUUAGUACACAGUGACAGUUCCGAACAAGAUGCUAUUAUAGAACUACAUUCGAAUUCAUAUUGUUAUAUAAUUAGCUACUGUAGAGUUGGUGAGUCCUUGUAGAGUUAUAUUAUGAUUCUCAUGGCAACUGCCCUCGCUAAUAAUCUGAUAAUUGACCCA